UAGCUCUCCAUUCGAUCUCAUCGCUGUCUAUGAGAGUAGAUUGAGAUGUUGAGGAGAUCUCAGUGCUAUUUUUUCUGUCCUCUGGGAUGUCCAGUCAUCUCUACACCCCCGUGUUCACCGUGUGAUGUGAGACUGAAGAUCUUCUCGCGUUCAUCCAGUGUUUGGUGUGGGAUCCGCAGCAGCAGCUCGUCACGGAAACCCGUCGUCCUCGUGCAGGGAUGUGAUGCGCGCUCGCCGUUUGUCUUCAGCAUUAUCGGCGCUGGCGGAGGAGCGGACGCACGGUAGCGGAUUCUCUCCUCAGCUUCACUAGAGGAUGUACCGUGUUACCGGAGGAGGACGGCGGAGAGUCUUUCCGGGGGCCCUUCCGUGAGAAACGAACGAGGACGGAGCGGAUAGACACGGAUUUUGGACUCGAUCUGUGCGAAAGACACAAAGCGCUGGGAGGAUCUUGCUGUUUCUCUCGUGAUGCUGAGCAUGUAAAGAUCCGGACUGAGGGGUCGCCCUCCAGGGCCGUCGUCUCUCUUCAUCUGGGAUCAUGUUCUAGAGCCGACCCUACACAGCAACCAUGAAAGGCUUAGGGGCCAACCAUAGUCGCUAUCUGUCUGACACCUGCGACCCUAAUGCGGGCCCCCAGGAGCCCCUGUGUCCCUUGGCCCCGGACCCUCAUGCUACCUUCCUCCUAAACCCCACCGUCAACCAUUACACCACUCUGGAUCCUCACCUUCAUCAUUUUCCUGUUUCCACCCAGACAACGCUUCAGUCGGACUGCAUGCUGCCCCUCAACAACCAGCUGACCAACAGCAGCACCUUCCCUCGCCUCCACUACACCACCCAGCAGGAGCAGAGCGACUACACACAGGCUUGUGUGGUUCAGACCGGUAGUCGCUCCAGCACCCUCACGUCAUCCAUGUCCAUGGGGAUGGGUUUGGGUCUGGGACUGGGUGCUCCAGCCAUGAUCAGCAGUGGCACAGCCACCAUCUCAUCCGCGGCGGCUGCCAAAAUGAACCGGCUCCCGGCCAACCUGCUGGACCAGCUGGAGCGCCACCUACCCCUGCAGCGGGACGGGUUCAGCACACUGCAGUUCCACCGGCGCAGCCGUGGCUCCAAGCAGCGCAGCGAGAGUCCCAGCCGCAUCCGCAACCUGGUGCAGUCCGUCCAGAAGCUAUUCGCCAAGUCCCAAUCCUUGGAGGUUUCGGCAGUCAAAGGGAGCAUCACCACGGGCCCAGCCAGCGAUGCGGCCAAAGCGACCCAGCGAAGCAAAAGCAAAGACUGCGCCAAGACCGAAGGCACCAAACGCCGUCCGCGACCCAAUCUCUCAGGCUUCUGGAGCUCAGAUGACGGUUUAGAAGAUGAGGCGCCAGCUCAACCCAUCACGGGCCCAUUAGCGGUGGCAUAUCGAAACCCUCUCAGCAUGAUGACGCUCGGUCGGGCCGUGUCGGACAGUCAGGCGGCUCCCAGACCGCAUCCACAGGGCUACAACACCAUCGCUGCACAUUCGCUCAAAUCCUCCAAGAGCAGUGGCGACCUCAAGCCCACGGUCAGCCUGCCCUCCUCCACGGGCCAAACAGGGGAACACACGCUGGUUAAGAGAGGCUCGUGGUCCACACUGACCCUCAGUCAGGCCCGACAGGUGCUUCAGAAGGGCUCUGCCACCGUCAACCAGACCCUGCUCAAGUCCAAGUCAUGCCACAGCCAGGAGAUGACCUGCAACUUCCUGCAGUUACCUGCGGGUGACUUUAGCGGGAUUCUGGGUAAGGGAGGAGGUGGCACGGGCGAGAUACCGUGCAGGCGGAUGCGCAGCGGCAGUUAUGUUAAAGCCAUGGGAGACAUGGAGGAUAGCGACGACUCGGACGGACCUCCUUCACCCAAACCUUCACCCAAAACAGCUGCCAGACGGCAGAGUUACCUGAAGGCCACGCAACGCUCGCUCAGUGAACAGCAGCCGCCGUCGCUGCUGCCACGCAAGUGAGUCAAACACGCUAUACCUGCUACAUACACACUACACACCAGCCACAUCAUUAUACCUGCUUCAGUGUUUUAGUUUUUUUGUUUGUUAAUUACAGUGACCCUGAUUCUAAUAAUGACAUGUACAGUCAAAAAUAAACAUUAUGAACUCAAUAUAAACGAACACAAAGCUCCACAUGCACAAUGACAUUAAAUUCAUCAGAUUUUCUUCUGUGAUAGAUGUUGGAUUAUUUUAUGCACAUCACUUAAGGUGCAUUAUUAGUGCCUUAUCUUAAAGAUCCUCAAAUGAACAUCUCAGCAUUGACGGUAUCAUGAAUAUAUUCAUUGUGACCUGCAGAUGGCAGCAUGUUGGCAGGUUGAUUAGUAAAAGCUUCAUAUCAGAAGA